GUGCGCAACGCCAAGGGAAGCAAGUGUUCCGUGCUAUCGUGUCGCUUACUUUUAUUUUUGCGUUAAUUUUUUUGUAAAAGCCUAAGCUUCGACAGAAAACCUGUUUUGAAUUGCCCAUGUAUUAUUCUUCUGUGGACGUGAAAGAUCUACGGUCGAUUUUAAAGUGUGUUACAUCGUUCGGCGCUCUACCUAGUUCGGUUCCUGUGUUGAGUAAUAUUGUGUCAGUUUGUAGUGGUUGUGCCUGUAGUAGAUCAGACAUUUUCAUCGCUAACGUGUUCCAAUUUCGGAUUUCACCACGAGCGGGCUCAAGGAAGUUUAUUGUCAAGUGGACAGUGGCGGCGGUGGCUCGGCCGAAGUGAUGGUGUACUCUCUCGGCUGGGGUAUGGGCGAGCCGGAGCGGCGCGGGGCAGACCGCAAGCGCGCCCAGCCGCCCGCAGUAGCGCACACGCCCUUGUCACCCGACGAUGGACAUGAGGUCGACGUCUUACCGCUCAACAAUCAGGUGGGUGGGCAUACGCGGCUCCUAGUGCUGAAUGAUAGCACAGUAAUCAAGCCUCUGAACACGCGCGAGCUGCAUUUCUACCAGAACAUUCCCGAAGACAUACAAAACUUCGUACCCAGAUACAAAGGCGUGAUGCAGGCAUCUACGGCGGGAGGCACCAAAUUGGACAAGCGGUACUCACCAUGUUUCCGGGACGAGAACGGGCGCAAGCAGUCGUUGGGCGGCAAGCGCCGGCGCGACGAUGUUUUCAAAUUUAAAGUACACCGAAAUGGCAAUGCAAGUGAAGUGCUUAAAAGUAUAGCUCACAUGGACAACUCAAAUAAACAAUACUUCCUGAUGAUGGAGAACAUAACGUCGUCGUACCGGCGGCCAUGUGUGUUGGAUCUGAAGAUGGGCACACGACAGCACGGCGACGACGCUUCGGCUGAAAAACGGAGCAAGCAGAUCGCCAAAUGCGCCGCUAGUACUUCCGCUACGCUCGGUGUGCGCCUGUGCGGCAUGCAGGUGUACGUGCCCGAGACCGGUGCGUGUUUCCGUCGCGAUAAGUACUGGGGACGUGCGUUGUCUGAGAGUGGCUUGCGCGAGGCGCUGCGCGAGUUUUUCGCCGGCGGCUGCGCGGGGCUGCGCACGCGCGUCGUACGCAAAGUGCUGCGUGAUCUCGACGCGCUGCGCCGCGCCAUCGCCAAGCAGACCAGCUACAGGUUCUACUCCUGUUCGCUGUUGAUAGUAUACGAGGGUGACGUGCCGAGCGUUCAGGUAAUCGACUCGGCGGCUGUCGGCAUAGGGAACGACUACGACGGCGACGCAUCGAGUAGCUCCACGGACCUGGCGCCGUCACCCGGCCAUUUCGAUAUGUCUACGCUACACGACGAGAUCUCGUCGGACACGAACGAGCCGCACGAGGCGCGCGAGCCGUUCCGGCCUCACAGCGAGGAGACCAUGGGCGGCUACGAGGAGGACGAGGUGGCGUCGCAGUCGCCGCGCCGUCAGCCGCCCAGCCCCGACUCGACUGACAGCUGGAUGGCCUACUCGUCCACCAGCAGCGAGUCGUGGCGCGGCGACGCCGAGCCCGAGCCCGAGGCCGAGGCCAGCGGCAAGCGCGCCUGCACGCGGCCGAUCCCCGCCUGGAGCGUGGCGCCGCCGCCGUCCCCCGCGCCGCCCGCGCCCUCCGCCGCCGACGAGCGCGUCGACAUCCGCAUGAUCGACUUCGCGCACACCACCUACGCCGGCGCCGUGGCUGAGUCGCCGCUGGCCACGGCCACGCCGCACCACGGCCCCGACUGUGGCUUCCUCACCGGCAUCGACAGCCUCAAGCGUCUGCUCACCGAGAUUCUGCUGCCGCCGCAGCCCUACAGUUAAUGAGCUCGCGGCGGCUCGUAAUGAAAAAUUAUAAAAAAAAUAUCUUUCGGACGAAAUUCGAAAGAAGCGAUCUUAGGCGGUACGGUUUCAGGGCGAGCUGCGGCUGUGCGCCCGCCGCGCCGCGUCGUACAGAUCUUGAGAGUACAUUUAGGUCACCGGUGGAUGUUAGAAUAUUACGAAAGAAAACUAUUUUCCUCCACAGUUUUAACAGUUCGAUGGUGAAGUAGAAAAAUAGUAGACCGGUCGACGUGUGGUCACAGGGAGAGGCCACAGCAGGGUAUUUUUAUUUUGUAUUACUCGUGCCCACCUCACAGUGUUAGUCAUUUAAGAUCCUCUUGUCUUCUUGUGACCGCAUGGCGGCCUGCACUUAGUGAAUGUUGGCGGUACAAACUAUAUUAAUUUAAUAUUAAAAUUACUUUAAUUUUAAUGUGGGACCCAUUGUAUUUUUAAGUAUUACUAAUAAGUUAUUCCAGAUUGACGUGCUUUUGGUUUGUUAUCUUUACUAUAUUUUGAUAAUUGGUUGAUCGUAUUGAUGUGGUUUUACCCUUGUGUAGACAUUCCUUGUCGUCACUAGUUUUGAAUGCAGACCGAUCAGCUUAUCUGUAAUAAGAGUUCCUAGUAACUACAGAAGCUGACAGUUCAUUGUACGUUAUUCGACGCGGUAGGGAUUGUUUCUUUUAUUGCCAUGUUACAGAUAAGUUAUCAGUACGGUUGUUCACGUUGAUGACGAUGUAACAUAUCUAUACAGUAGUCCCCUUACUCCUUGUGCCUUGCAUUUAGAGCUCGUUUUGUUUUGCUAAACAAAUAUGGCGUUGCGUACUGUUGCUCUUCAUGUUCUAAAAUAUUUACAUAACCACCCACAUAAGUACUAACCCCAGUAACGAAACCAAAGCAUAGAUAUAAUAAGUUCAAUAUAAUUUUCUCCGUGAAUUGAGGCUUGCAAACAUUUUAUAUAAAAAUUCGUUUGUAGAAGUGAUACGUUCACUUGCAACGCAGUAAACUCAUCUAUUGGUGACUCACGAAUGUUUUGAAGUAAGAUAAAAGUAUAAUCGCAGUACAUCCUAUGUGUUCAAUUGAAGUACACAUUUGACAGAAUGAAUUAGGUACCUAAUUAUAAUUUUGCUAACAGUAUUAUGGUUAUAAUGUGUAAAUAGUCACAAGUGAGGGAUGUAUGGAUCUGAUGGUUAAUGAAUAGGUAAAUAUUGAGUCACAUUUGUUAGGGCAGUUUUUAUGUGAAAUUUUUACUUGUAAGCCCCAUAUUAAAACUGCCAUUAUAGUGGAUCAUUGUGUAGUAAAUAUUAUGUGUAAAUACUAUUGAAAUGGUGCCAGUAAGCAGCUAUUUGCACUGCAAACGCAUGCAGUAGUAAGCGGGCCAGUGUAAACAGCUGGUUUCACACAAAAUGAGUGUGACUUACCGCUAGCAUUAGCCAACAUUCCUUCGUGCUGCAUUCGUCAAUGUUUGUCCUUUUAGUUUUUUGUUAGUGGAAUAAAUUUAUGAAAAGUACCUGGUUUAAUUAGGAUGCUAGGUUGUAUUGCAAAUUAUCAUUUAUGUCUGUUAUUUUGAAUAACUGUAUGACACUAUUUUGUUAAAUAAAUUUUAGCU